AGAGGGUAUAUUGAAGCUGAAGGACGACGUGGGUCAGAGACUCCAUCAUUUUUUUUAAAUUGUGCCCUUCAAAGCCUAACAGAUAGACAAAUACAAGUACCCACAAAAAAGAAGCCUUGGCAACACCAAACAGAAAGAAAACCCCCGGUGGAUAAUACGUCCAUUUAUGCUUUGACUGGCUCCGUUCAGCUUCUAUGAUGGAGGAGGGAAAGUCUUUUUAAUAUUGGACUCACAUAGUGUUUCUGUUGUGCUGUUUUAGAAAUCAUAAAAAAUGCAGGGGGAAAUGCAAAGAAAUGCACUCACCCGAUAAUAAGGCCUAAAUUAUGUUGUAAAUUGUAAUGAUCGCAAAAUUAUAGGAAUUUAUUUUCUAUUAUGCAUGGGAUUUCUGUAAGGGUUGUCAUGAUUGUUGUGAUAGGUUGCAGACUGCUGAGAGCGAGGGAGAGUGAGUACGUGAUGAGGGAUUUUAAAACAGUCGUUUUAUUAUGGGAGAGAGAGGAAGAGGGAGAGAGAGAUGCGAUAACAGCGUUUGCCCUGUUCAUAUUUGACUCAGUGCUUGUCAUUGAACACCGACAGACUCACUCAGCGCAGGAAAGAAAGUCCACGCAAUAAGAUCUAAAGGGCAUACAACCCUCUGUGGGAAACUGAGUAAAACGUUUCACCAGCACCAAAACACAGAAGCUUUGCUAGACAGAGAGAGAGAGAGAGAGAGAGAGAGAGAGAGAGAGAGAGAGAGAGAGAGAUACAUAACGUGUACACAAGUGACUUCAACUGGAUGAAGACGGUGUAAUGGAGGAAUAAGUGGAGAAGAGUGAAAAGAGAAGAACGAAAGAAUGAAGACAACUGGAAAGCAAACACAUCUUUUCAUCAGUUGUUUUUUAAAUUAAUACAUAACAAUCGGACGACAUGAUUUACAGGAGGCUGCUCCUGUUGGUGUCCCUCUGUUUUGUUGGAGGUGGUUGUGUCACUAAGAUUGUUCAGAGAAGGGGAGUGAGCUCAAUUCAUGCCCAGCAUACAGGAAAUGGAGCAACUGACCAAUGGGAUACAAGUUCGGAGAGGAAUGGAAAUACAAUGACAAGACUCAAAGAACUGAUUGUUCCCGAGGAAGUUGAAGAGCAGAUAACAGCUCACCAGAGCCAUGGAGCUUCUCCUGUCUUCACCAUGGAAAAUUUUGUUGGGUUUAAUGCCAAACCUCCUGUGCAAAUAAACGAAGACUCCGAUCAAGCGGAUUUAAAGGUACAAGCACCAACUGAUGACACUAGAGAUAUUUUAGAGUUUAAAAGGGGUAGAAAUAACACAAAGAAAGGUGAAGGAGUUGACAAAUGGAUCCCGAUGCACCACAGGACAUCUUCUAGCAUACACUUCAACAGAACCAGAUUCAAAAUCCCUUCAAGAUCCAGAGCAAUUUCAAAUUCUGCUGUUCACACAACAGCGGGUACAAAAGUAGUCACUCCAGAUUCGCCUCAUAAAUUGAACCUGACUGGAAGCUUAUUAAAACUGAUCUCUAAAGAAAACCUUGUACGGAUUGUGAAUUCCCAGCUUCAGAGUGUCCCAGGUCUAAAUAUUCCAGGUAAAAUGAGUCACAGCAGGAAAAGGGAUUUGAUCAACAUGGAUCGCAUUCAGGUGGAGGCAUUUAAAAUGAAAAAACAAGACAGGACAGGCACUCCUGAACUUUAUAACUCUGAUAACCAGACUGCUGAGCUACAUUCAAGUACUUCUACAAAUAUCAGCCUUAAUCCAGAUCAGACUGUUCACACUCUUUUUAAACAAUUUAGCGGAUUAAAUAUGGAUCUAGGUGAGGGGGACAGAAAAAUGGAGGUGAGAGGUCCACCGGGCUCUGCUUCAUGGAAGUACAAACACUUCAAUACUCACUUAGCAUCGACUCCCCAAAGUGAGAUCAUGCCCGUCACGGACACAAAUCCCUUUGCUGGUCAGAGCGAUAUGGGCAUAUCACACUCUACAUCUCAGAUUGGCUCGGGACAUCAGCCUGAUGCUUUCAGCUCACUGACUGAGAGGAGUCUUGACAUUAAAAUGGAAUCAGAUCAGAGUGUUCAUACGCCAUUCGGUGUCACUCAGAAUCCAUUGAUUAAAAUUUCAGAACCCUUUGACAGCAGUCACAUCCUAAAACUCCCACCGGAUCCACAUUGGGGAAGGAAGGAGGUGGAUAAGAGCAGAGAAAUGACUGUGGACUCACACCAUGGCAGAGAAGGACAAGGCCUUGUUUUCCAGGAAAUGGAUGAGGAUGAAGAAGAGGAGCGGAAUCAACAAAAAGGGAAAAUCUCACGAUCUAGAAGCCGACGAAGCUGGAUCUGGAACCAGUUCUUUGUCAUUGAGGAGUAUGCUGGUCCAGAACCAGUGCUCAUUGGAAGGGUAAGAACCCCUUAUCAUUCUAUUUAA